AUGUCUCCUCUCGUACAUACGGACUGGCCACUUUGGUGGCGUAUUUUGGUGCUUCUCAAUGUCAGCUUCUACAAUCUUCUUGGAAACGCGUGGUGUGCCGGUCUCUCUCCACUUUUCGGGUUGAUUAUCCAAGAGUUGCAUUGUUCGCAGUCCCAAGCCUCCAACUUGGUGACAUACGCUCUGCUCACUCUUGGACUGUCGAACCUCCUGGCCCUGCCGCUAUCAUCUUUCUUCGGAAAGCGACUCACCGUUCUUGUAUCCCUUGCUUUGUUCACCGCUUUCAAUAUCUGGUCCAGCGAAGCAUCCACCUACGACUCCCUCCGAGCCUCACGUAUAUUGGGUGGAUUGGCGGGUGGUCUAGUGGAGGCUCUUGGACCGAUCAUCGUCGCCGAGACCUUUCCAUCCCAUCAGCUUGGCCGAGCUAUGGUUGUUUACGUGGGAUUUCUUGCUUCUGGCUCUGCCAUCGGACCCAUUGUGUCUGGAGCGAUAGGAACAGACCUGGGUAGUUGGCGGUGGUACUUGAGAAUCAUAUCCAUUUCCAUGGGUCUGAACCUCUUUUGCUCCAUCAUAAUGUUGCCAGAGACAGCUCAUACGAUUGAUGAGGUUAAAGACAAUCCCCCCGAGGACAUCAGCGGCGGAGGCGCAAUUGAACAAAAACCUACUACAGUAUCUGUCGAAGAUGCCGGUUCCCCUCUCCCAGCCUCGGAGAUGCCACCAACGACAUUAAGAGAAGAAUGGAUGUCCAGGUCUUUCAGUCUAGACUGCAUUCCUUUGCAGUGGACUAGAAUGCCUUCUUUACUUGUGCAGCCACUUCAGCUCCUUGCAGCACCACAGGUUCUUGUCACGGUCUAUGUCUUCGGUCUCACAAUUGGCUGGACAGUUAUCACCUCGGUUCUCAUUUCUCUCAUCUACGCCUCGCCUCCCCUGCUUUGGAAAGCGCGUUCCAUAGGUCUUCUAAAUGUUGCGUCUCUACUUGGUCUCCUUGUUGGUCUCCCAUUCGGUGGUUAUUUUGCAGACCUUCUAUUUCUCCGAUCGGCACGCAUGAGCAUUUCAGGGCCAGAUCCAAGAAGUCGACUGCCCAUGGUGUUAUUGGGAGCCCUCAGCAGCCCUGCCGGAUGUCUAAUCCUUGGGCAUGCUCUAAGGCGUCCCGAUUCUUGGAUCCAGGUGUGCGUGGGAUGGUCACUUCUCGCUUUUGGCUUGACGGGCUCUGCGAAUAUUCUGCUUACUUAUUCCGUCAAUAGCAUGCCGUCCAGGGCUGGGGAUAUCGGAGUUUUAGUGAAUGUUAUGAAGAACUGUCUGGCGUUCGGUGUUUCCUAUGCUUCAGUUCCCUGGAUGCAGGGCAUGGGCGUGUUUGAACAGUUUGCGAUUAUGUCUGCUCUUCUCUGGCUGGGCUACCUACUUGUAAUCCCUAUGUGGUUUUGGAGUCAAGUUAUUGUACAAAGGAGCACUGCCUACACAUAG